AUGCUGCUUCGCGGAGGCCAUGACAACAAGAAUCAGUCCACCGGUAUAGAGUUUGCGAAUUUGGAUGUGCCCUCGGAUCCCUACACCUCCGAAGCUCUGAUACCAGCGUCCGAGCACUCAUGUCGACAGCACCAUCUUGUAGUGAAUGUGCACCAAGAAGUCAUGCAGACACCCCUGACAGGAUCAAGCCUGGAGACGCUCCCAACCGAGGAGCAAAAGACCGACACCCUUUCCUCGUCUGAUGCCGCAGAGGUUGAAAUCUUCCCACACACCAUUUGCAUCGACAUCUUGAAAACAGAUAUGGAAGAGACCGGGAUCACGCAGGAUACCAGACGACAAGUGCAAGACACCGACAUAAUUCAGGUAGGGUCUGGAUUGAUUCAUGUCAAGGACGCCAGAUGA